AUGGAACGAGAGGGUUCAUUCAGGAGGAGCCUGCAGAACAAGCUCCGUCUGGGCACCGGCUCGUCCUCCAGCCUGACCGACCUCUCGAAAAGCUCAGCAGGAGGAGGAGGAGGAGGGGAGAAGGGAGGAGCGGCUGGGGCGCUGUCUGAGGAGUCCUGCAGGGAUAAAGGGACCCAGCAGAGGAGAGCUGGUGCCAACGCCACCUGGAACAGCAUCCACAACGCGGUGAUCUCUGUUUUCCAACGGAAGGAGCUGGGAGAGAAUGAACUUUACACUCUGAAUGAAGGGGUCAGGCAGCUGCUGAAGACCGAGCUGGGCUCUUUCUUCACCGAGUACCUUCAGAACCAGCUGCUCACCAAAGGCAUGGUCAUCCUGAGAGACAAGAUCCACUUCUAUGAAGGUCAGAAGCUGCUGGACUCUCUGGCUGACACGUGGGACUUCUUCUUCUGCGAUGUUCUGUCCAUGCUGCAGGCCAUCUUCUACCCCGUCCAGGGGAAGGAGCCGUCGGUGCGGCAGCUGGCUCUUCUCCACUUCAGGAACAUCAUCACCCUCAACCUGAAGCUAGACGAGGCGCUGUCCCGGCCCCGAGCCAGAGUCCCCCCCUCCAUCAUACAAAUGCUGAUGAUACUACAGGGUGUCCAUGAAUCUAAAGGCGUAACCGAUGACUACCAUCGUCUGGAGUCUCUCAUCCAGAAGGUGGUCUCUCCGUACCUCGGGACUCAUGGUUUAUACUCCAGAGAUGAAUCCUCUGAUCAGCACUGCUCAUCCUGCCUGCUAGAAAAGCGGCUGCAGCCCUCCUGGACCCCCAAACCAGGAAACGCUCCCAAUGUUAAGAAUCCUGUGGUCCGUUCUAAGAGCUACAACAUUCCCAUGCUGACCCCCGUCGUAGAGUUUGACUUAGACUCAUCCUCAGGGAGCGCCACGAGCGUCAGACGUCACUCCGUCUGUGAGAUGCCGUGCUGUUUGGAGGAGAGCAGCCCAAAGGCCAAAUCUGCCUCCAGGACAAAGGACAACACUCGUGCGUCCAGCCUGGCCAGUUCCUCUCCGGCGUCCAUGGGUUCUCCUGCACUAACAGACACCUUAACGUCCAGCCAGGACCAGCAGUCCAGAUGUUCUGGAUCACCCCUCCCUUUCCAAGCCCAACACCCGUCCCCCUGCAUCCUCCCCGAGUGUUCCCCGAGCGAGGACGCUCCGUGCGCUGGCUCGCCCGAGUUCCACUCCCCGUCUUCGCCCAAAGCUCUGCUUCAAGACACGAGCUCCGGUCCCAGCCCGGGGUCCAGCUUCGAGAUCAUGAUGAUAGACCGCACCACGGGGUCUUUGGACUCAGAGCAGGAACCUGACGGCAUCUUCCUGGACUUUUCAUACCGCUGCUCUGGAAACUCCACACACAGCAGGGACAACAACAGGCAGAGCGUCACCUGA